AACGAUAUGUAACAUCAUCGAUAACUCAUAGUAGUGAACUGGCAUAGCAAAUACUGCUCUCUACGUUGUGUUCAAGCAGGCUUGUGGGGUUUAAGCAGAAGGUGAACGCUUGAAUCAAGCCAAGCGGAGUUAUAGCUCGCGACCCGAGGGCACCCGUUGCUGCUCUUCUCUAUCCCAAAUUAUGAGCAUUACGCGAGCCGGUGCAUAUAUCUCUGUGUCCAAGCGGGAUUUCGACGAUAGCUGCUCCAGCUCUCCCCGCAUGCUGUCGUCCAGCGCUGUCUCAGGAUGCUGCUCAAGUUUACAUCCUCUGACAUUCAGAACACAUCUAUUAUCGACUGUUCUACUGGUACCGUAAUAUACCAAGUUUGCACCCCACGUCGUUGUUCCCGAUCUCGCUCCCGCUCUACGACGUCUCUUCGAUCGUUCGCCAGCUUCAGUUCUUAUUCACAGGAGAAGCUUAUGCCGGAGCCUAAAGUAACUUCGCUCAUUGAUAAGGAUGGGAAGACUGUGGCGGAUAUUACUUGGGACGAUAACCACGCUUCGGUCAUUAGGAUUGGAGAGGAAACUCUUGCCGGCCCUGCUGAGUUAUUCGAUGCAGCCUUUGUUAAGGUCUUACCCGAUGAAACACUAAUACCCACCCGAAUGGAAUAUGUGUGGCGGACAACUUACGAUGACUUGACAUUGCUCGAUGAUGACGAAGAGGAGAUUGGGAGGCUACAUUCAGACUGCUUAUCAGAGGAGCUGAUCCCAGCGCACGUUCCUGGUACAGGCUGUGAUUACCUCGAGUUAGAAGUACGCGCUCAAGAUGAGAUGACUGAACUCAUAGUGAGCUAUCUCUUGAUGCAUACUCUUCGUGAAAGGAUGUAUGCUAUCACAAAGUAUGUCUACGGUCUACAACAUGAAAAGCUCCCGACCAGGAGCCCACUGUCACGACUCAGACGACAGGCAACAAUGAGUUUCGCAAACUUACGAGAUAACUUUCGACGAGUUGUGUCAUGAAUUGGGGCUGAAACUUAUCACACGUGUCAUCAACUUCACAUCCUUCUCCGGUCUGACUCAUUGCUUCGUCCAUUCGCAAUUCCUUCACGCUACCUAUUGCAAUAUACUUGUGGCGUUGACGCUAUCCCGCCUUCAAACAUCACCCCAACCAUACCAGUUCAAUACACUCUUUUAUAUGUAUAUAUGCAUCGUACGUCUUUAUUCGGUCUUUUGCAUCUACAUUGUAGCAUUAGUUCUUUACCCUUCGCAUACAAUACCCAACCGUCACACUAUUAUAUAUGCUAUAUUUUGGUCUC